AUGCCAACCGAAGAAGAACGCGCAAUGCACGUGCGAGUCACAAAGCCAAGCGUCUCUUUCCUACCGGAGACUGAAACAUCCAAGACCGUGACAUAUGACCUCCAUCACGGUGACUUGCUUCCUGUGUAUGACUACGUCUCCCAGGAAUACAUGAUGACCGGCGUUGCUGUUGCCAACUCGUACUGCACACGCCUUAUUCUUCGUUGCCCUACCGAUCCUGGUAAAUUCUCUGGUCUUGUCAUCAUGGAACCAUCUCACCUAUGGGGUGGAACAACUAUCUGGCGUCUCAUUAAUCGGUGGCUGAUGCGUAAUGGACAUGCCUGGCUGGAGGUUGAUUCCCAGGCUCCCGCUGCAAUUGACCAGAUCAAAAAAGUUGAUCCCGAACGCUACAAAAACAUGCACUUUAUCCCCUGCCGGACCCUAGAGGAGUUUUCCAGCAACAUACCCUCGUUCUCUAACGCAGAUGAGCUGUGGAACAAUUACAGGAUCUUCAAGGAAAGAUGGUGGGCCGCAACCUUGCAGUCUCCGGAGAUUCUCGUUGCUGCCUCACAUGCCUUGAGAUCGGGACAGCUGGGUAUGAAGGCCCAACGCGUCGUACUGACUGGUCUUUCCCAGACUGCAGACUUGAUAAGAAAGUUCAUCGUUGAGUCUCUUCAUCUCCGACUUCCUAACGGAUGCGCCCCAUUUGAGGGAUUCAUGCCAUGCCAAUGCGAUGGCGGUAACCCACUUCCAGACAUGCGCGAUGCAAAAGUCAUUGAGGUGCUAGGUGAAUUCGAGCUCGUUUACAUCAAGACACUCUACGGCGGAAGUGAAAGCCCCCUCAUCGCCGUGCUGAUAGUAGUCGCCGGCAUGUCCCAUCGCGAGACUCGAUACCUCUCUAUGGCUGAUAAGAAGCGUUUGUCAGUUGUUGAUCUGGAAGGUGCGCAGUGGAGCACUUUUGCCAAUUCCUUCCUUUACCAUGCCCUCUUCGAUGCUAUGAACAAAUGGAUUACGACCGGUGUAGCUCCCCCGCGAGGUACCACAAUUGAUGUCGACAAAUUCGGAAACAUCGAGCGAGACGAGUACGGAAAUGCGCUGGCUGGGGUCAGAACUGUUCAUAUAGACGUGCCUACUGCCAGAAUCGUCGAUGUUACCCCUCAGCCGCAUCCGCAUUGGCACACUGGCACCGAGGCCCCUUUCAAAGAUGUCAAACUGUGGGCGAUCUACAAAACGGUAGCCAACUAUCGACGUCAGGCGGGAGAAGCCAUCAACCGGCAGCUUGAAGCCGGAUUUCUGUUGCCUGAGGAUGCCGAGGUUCUGCGUCGCGAUACGGUUGAGCAGGUCUCCUUUUAG